AUGAAGCGAAACCGACCAAGCGGGUCUCAGCAACGAAAAAUUAAGAAGGCAAGAGAAAAGUCAGCUGAGGCGAUGUCUGGAUCAAUUUUAAAAUAUGUUGCACCUUCAACAUCUACCGCAGUAGGAGAAAGUGCUGAAGACGUUCAGUCUGUUGAAUCCAUAAGUGAAAUGCCUGAAGUAUCUUCUCAAGAAGCUUUAAAUGUGAAAGUGCAAGAAUUGGAGAAGAUCAUUUUAUCUUCAAGCGGUGAAAGUGAUGUAGAUGAAGGAGAUGCCAGCAGAAGCCUGCAUCAGCAAGACUCUGAUGAAGAAGAGGAGACUGUUCAACUGUCAGUUUAUUCUGAUGUUGCUGCUUGGCCAGUUCCAGUUCCAGAUGUUUUAAGAGUGGACCUUAUUAAGAGGGGAAGUGAACCUUUCCAAAAUAAAGAUGGGCCAUUCAGUCCUGUUGAAAGGCAAGGAGAGAAAUCAAAAGGGAAGAGUCGACAGCUGAUCACUGCAUGGUUCUAUAAGGCUCUGCCUAAUGGCGAAACAAUUCUUAGAAUGUGGAUGGUGUACUCUCCAUCAAAACAAAGUUUGUUUUGUUUUUGCUGCAGACUUUUUGCUGUUGAUAACAAAGUAACAGGGGCAUCCAGUUUUGUUACUGGGUUUCAAUUGUGGUGGAAGCUUAACCCAAAGGUGUCUGAUCAUGAGGCUUCUGAGCAGCAUCUUACAUGCUUGGAGAAAUGGAAGACCUUGAGAGCAGGAUUGAAGCUACAAAAAUGCCUUGAUCAUGUCCAUCAAACAACAGUGGACAGAGAGAAAAAGAAAUGGAGGGAUAUUUUGCAUCUUUCUUUCUGGCUCACCAGAAUCUUCCCUUUCGUGGUCAUAGAGAGACCAUGUCAUCCGCAAACAAAGGCAACUUCCUCGAAUUAG